CAAGAAUGAAAAUAUUGUUGUGUGUGGUGGUGGGAGCUUGUGAUAAAAAAUAUGCUUAAAGCAAAAUAAAUUUUGAUUGUUCAUGCAUAUUUAAUAAGUUAAAUGCAAUAUGCAUUACUGAUUUUUCGAUAGUAAACAUUUCUUGCAAAUUUUAUUAAUGUAAAUAUUAGUAACAAAGCCAUCGGGGUUGUACGGAAUGGGGUGCUUACACAGUAAAAAGGAGUCCUCAGAUCUGCAUCCCAACGUAUUUCGAGUAGUGAAUAUAGAUGAAAAUGGAGCAGAGCUCUGCUCGGGUCAGCUUGAGAUAACUGAAUCAGAUAUAAUAUUGUACCGUGAGGGUCGAGAUUCAACUGUAUGGCCUCUACAUUCCCUCAGAAGAUAUGGAUUUGAAGGAGAACUAUUUAGUUUUGAAUCAGGAAGAAGAUGUGAGACUGGAGAGGGCAUAUAUGCAUUUAGAUGCAGAAGAGCCGCACUUCUUUUUCACACAUUGCAACAACAAAUUCAGCUGAGAAAUGCCAUACAUGAUUCAGUUCCAUAUCCUGUUGCACGUCUGACUCCAUCUCCUCAAGGCAGACAAACUUUACAAGCUAGUGUUAUCCAUCGAUCCUCAAUAGACAAUGGUCAAACUGACACUGUCAGACCAGUUCCUAAUACUAACAUGCCAAAUAUAACACCACAUCCAGUUGUGCCAAGGCCAGUUACUCAGUCACCAAGAUCACCAUCUAGUGCAGACAUAUUAGAAGUCAUGCCAUUAUAUCCACGCGCUCAAGCAAAUGGAAAUCAAGUAACAAAUGUUUAUCAACUGAGAGACUUCAAGAGAGAACAUAAUAAUAACCAAGCAGAAACAGUACCUGAUCCACGACAUGUUUAUAGUAAUGAUAUUAACAGAGACUUGGCUAUUUUACGGAAUACUUUGCGACAGGAAACUGUAUUAAAUACAAUGAGAGAUAUAGAAGAUGAAACCCGUUUUCUAGAAAGCCGAUAUAUUAAUGAAAGUAUACCAAAUAGAGAAGCUAAUCCUAAUCCUUUGUCUCCAACAUUGAGCAACAGCAGUGAGCAUUAUGCUCAGCUCAGUAUAGAACAACAAGAAGCAGCUAGAUUAUAUGUAAAUCUUGUCCCCACUGAGCAAAAUGCAUCAGAAGUGAAUAAAAAUGAUGCAGCACCUACCACACCACUUACUCCGAAACAAGUUGAAUACUGUAAUCUGACUGUUGGAUAUAAACCAGAAAUAGUUAACUCAUAUGCUAAUAUUACACUAGGAGAAAUGGGAGAAAGUGUAAAGAAUGUAAAACAAAUUUUAAACUUCAAUUCUAUGUCAGAACAUAACCAAAAAUAUUCAGAAUCAGAUACCUUCACUUCUAUGUCACCUGUGGAAGAACUAGAAGUCAAUUAUGCCAUACUGGACAUUGAUUCUAGCAAGGAAAUUGUAAAAAAUACUAGAGAUAUAAUUUCUCCAGAAAAUCAGUCUUACAAUAGUUCACGAAAUGAAAGUACUGCAUCUUGCUCAUCAAAUCCACGUGGUCGUCUAAUUUCACAAACUAGUGUAGAAAAAACUGGCACGGCAAGUGUUGUCGGGCCUGUACCAUCGGCUACUAUUGGAUACACUACAAUUGAUUUCGAUAAGACAGUUGCUUUGACUUCUGUUGCUGCGGGAACAGACAUCGAUUUAGAUGGUCCUCGUAAAACCAGGCAUAAUUCUUGUAGUAUUAUGUGUGGAAGUCCAAGUAGUGUUCAAGGUAAAUAAUCAUUUAAAAGGGUAUAUAAUAUUAUUGUAUUUGAUUCCCUUUCACAUUUUUGUCUAAAACUAUUGAAAGGUUCAUGUGAGAUUGAAGUUAGCAGAUUUUUAUUAUGUGCCAGUUGCUAUCCAUAACAAAUAGGGAUGAUGUAGACCCCUCAUUUACAUACCUUUAUAUUUUAUAUAGGAAGAAAUACUUAACAUGUAAAUGUAAGCCAUCUAGACAGACAGAAUGACAAGAAAGUUAGAAAAUAUCCAUUAGCAGAGUGAGCUAUGAAUAUUGAUAAUGAUAGUCAGUAAUAAUUAUGGUACAUUAUUUAUUAUAAUCGAAACCAUAUAAUAAUUAAGAUUUAAUAAAAUGUAGGAUGAACAUUGGGCAGAGGCAUAAAAGAAACAGUAAUAUUAUAUCUAAUAACAUACAUACUUAAUCAAUACCAUAAGUUUAAGGGAUAAAUUGUAAAUAAUUUAGAGUUAAUUGAUGGUGCCAAAGAAAAAAUAAGUAAAAUUGAGUACCUAGAAUUUAGAUUUUAAUUAAAUCAACAAAGAUUAAAACAUAAUUAUAAUAAUUAUAGACAAUAUCAGGAUUUUAGCAUAAUUCAUAAUAAUCAAGAUCAAGAAUUUUCCAAAAAUAAUUAAAUAUUUUUAUACCUUAAUUAAUGUUUUCCUAUCAGUCAAAUAUCUACAUGAUUUUUCAAACUGAGGCAAAUGUUCAAAACGAAACUAUCGUUAGAUAGCAGCAUAGAUCGUAUUAUCCUUGAAGACGCGCCCCACCACUUUUUGGUCGAGGGAAGCGCGGGGUGCGGGGAGUUAGAUCCGAGCAAUCCGAGCGUCAUUAUUGUAGUGUCUUCCUGGAUGAAACAAUCUAUACCUAAAUAAGCGGGUAUGCUUUAUGUACCUCGCCUCAAUUUGAAUAGUCAAUAGAGCUAUAACGCGUCGAUCGAUGUAACAGAUAUUAUUAUUUCUUACAAAAUUAAUUAAACUCGUUCUUUGUAGUGAGUUAAUUUACAAUAAUUGAUUGAUGUUUUUAAUAAUUAAUUAAUUAUAUUUUAAAAGUUGAAUCCAAAGCUAAAUACAUUAGGUAAAUGGAUAACUAAGUACAUAUUAUGAAUGAAUAUAAAUAAUCUACAAUUAUUCAUCAUAUUCUACAUAGAAUACAUAUGCAUAGAUAUACAGGGUGUAAUAAAGUGUGGGGCUUAAGCAAUGAUUAGUGACAUGACAAAAGAGCACAUAGGUAUACAGCAAUCCACUAUCUAGUUUAGGCAGUUAUUAGAUUUUUUUUAAACUUACAAUUAGGUUUAUUAACAAUGUAGAUUUUUUAAUGAAAAAGGCCUGUGUUCUACCUAAAAUCAAUAAUAUUUAAUUAGGUUGGUACCUCUGUAAAGGUAUCUACUUUUUACACCCUGUAUAAAAAAAUAAAUCUUAUUAAUUUCCACGAUAAAUUAUUUAAUAUUAUGGUCUACUAAUUUUGUAUGGUAAAAACGAAACUAAAUUGAAUGACCAGAU